UGCACUCCGUCCGACAACUUGCCGCAACAUUCUUAGCGUAAAAGUUACCGUGGAUGGUUUACUCUAUGUAAUUUGCGGGUUUAAGUUGAAUUUUCUACAAUUUUCCUUCGAACAUCAUUGUGCCAACGACUUUUAACUUAACUCGAACUACGACUGUGCUUGAUUUUAAGUAGCGAUGUGUUUCGCGGAUGUUACCGCUAAAGGUAGUGAUGGGAAAACUUUGCGAAAUGGAAUUAUGAAACGUGCUAAUGUGAAUAAUUGAAGAAAAUGAAUAGAAACUACAGUAGAAGAACCGCGGAACUCCACGAUGAACACUGUUGCGCGGCCAAUGUCAGCGGUAACUUUCGACGCAGCUCAUCACUGCGGCUGCGCGGCGAAAAGAUGGUACAGCGUUCACCACUUUGCACAAGGAAGUUGAUUCCAAUAAUCACGGAAAACACGCCACAAAAACAACGCAGCGAUGGUUCUCGACUCCAAGAGCCGGGUCAUCGCCAGCGGAGUCAUUCAUUUAAUUCAAAUGCUCAGCAAAAGCCCAAAAAGUCCUGUUUAAAAACACAAGAUGCUUGUAUAGAUCGAAACUUGAGCAUGACUGAUUCUGCCCACACACCACCAGGGUCACCUGAAGACUUACCUGAUGAUGAAUCUCUGCAUAGCUAUGGGAGUGCAGCUACAGCUGCCUCUGUUGAUGCUGGGUAUGCUCCGUUCAAUGGGACCACAUUCAGUGGCAGAUCAAUGCGCUAUGUUUUGCAUUGCUCAUCUCAUGCAGGUUUGGCAGGUGAUGAAUAUCUGACUCCUACACAGAGAGCUCAAAAGCAAAUCCGUCGGCUUAAAAGUAUGCUUAGUCAAGCAAAGAGAGACCUGGAAAAAAAAGAUAGUGAAAUAUUCCAACUAACAAAAGAAGUAGUUGAACUACGUCUUUAUAAAACAUCUAUAUGCUCACCUGACGAAAAAUCAACCUCUAGUGAAAUAGUUACUAUAAGGGAGAAUGCUGAAGAUGCAUUACAUAAUCAAUCAACUUCUAAAUGUGAAAAAUCUUGUAGAAAUUUUGAUGUUAUUGACAGCCCAUUGUUUAAAGAUGAAACACCAACAAGAUGUCGCAAUGAAAUGCAAGGUUCGUUCACUGAUUCUGGACAUUUUGAUGAUCUCACAAACUCAUCUUUACACUCUAAAGAAUCUGUUCAUAUGCUUACACAUGAAGUCUCUUGCAUGACUGAUAUAAACAAUGCAGUGGAGGAAAGACAUAGUUUGAUUGCAUUUUAUGAGAAAAAAAUUGAGGAUGUUGUUCGCUCUCAUGUUGGAGAAACACAAGAACUUAAAAAAGCUCAUAAUGACAAAGUAGAAGCCUUACUCCAGAAAUUGGCUGAUGUUAACACACGGUAUUGUGAAUUGCUACCUAAUUAUGAACAAGCAAAGGAAAGAAUUCAUUCCUUAGAAAAACAACUGGAAGAAGCAAGUAAGCAGUUAGAGGACGAAGAUGGUAGAAACCGUUCAAUGUACUUGCAGAUGUACAACAAAGGUGUAGAAGCUGCUAAGUUUGAAAUGGGGAAGGAGAUUGAAGCUGGAAUGUCACAAGGGCAAAUGAGCCGAGUUUCGGUGGAAGAGCUACUGGAGCAAUUACAGAUUACGCAGACUGAGCUCGAGAAAAUCCGAGACACGGCAUUCACUGAGGACCGAACGGCAAAAUCACAAGUACUGCUAAGUGCAAAGGAGGCUGUUUCUUUAUGGGUCCUAGGAGCUCGAAAGGCAAUGUACCGUCGCAUUGUCGAGGCGCAGAAAGGUAACAAAAACAACAUCGAUCCCGAAGUGACUCUCCAGUUUCUGAAAUCUGCCAUCUACUACUUCUUGACAGAUCCUGAAAACCAUCAAGGACAUCUAAACGCUAUAGAAAAUAUACUGGGAUUUACUGAAGCCGAAAAGAAAAAUAUUCGCAAGGCAAGGACUUAGACUGCUGUGAAAGUACUUAAAUUAAAUGUCUUUUACAAGAUAUUUUUUGUUAAUUUCUACUUAAGUUCUUGUAUUAGUUAGUAGUAAGAAACAAUGCAGCUAGACGUCCGAGUGAUAUAGAUAAUAUGCACUUAAUAAUAAGUCACCUUUAAAGCAUAAUGAUUUUACACAUAAUAAUAGUUUUAGUAAUGGUGGUUAUUUUUGUUUUGUUGGGGGUUUUAUCGAAUUUAUUUUAUAAGAUAAAUUUCAAAUUGUGAUUUUUAUUAUUGUUAAGCGCCAAAGAAUCAAGUUCCCUUUAUUGUGCAAUUGUUGUGACUAGUUUCACAAUAAAAGCUGCGACUAUACGUUCCUUACAUGUUAGUGAUAUCUUUUAUGUUUUUUCUUUUUAUUUUUUAUAAAUCUUGUUUUAUUUUCAUUGUUAAUUUGCAUGCUGGUCAGCAAAUGACAUACUUUUUUUGUUAUUAAUUUUAUGCGUAUGUACUAUAAUCACACGGUCUACAAAAUGUAGAGCUUUAUAAUUUAAAUUUUAUUGUUUGUAAAUAACCAUUAUGAGUAAAGAUUCACGGCGGAAAAUGUUUUCUUUUAACCCGUUUAAAUUACAAAUUAAUAUUAAACAAAAUCCCGUGAAUGUGUACUUUUAGUGUUUAUUUAUUUUAGAUAUGUGUUAUAAGAGGCUAUCUUUCGGGAUAUGAAACGCUACUUAAAUAAUCUUGCCUGAGGUAAUAAUAUUACUGCUGUGAUUGAUUGUUGUAACAUUGUUUAGGCUAAUAAAGUGCAAAUUAAAUUGAUUUAUCAACUUAAGUUGGUAAUUCUUUUACCAUCUCAGUUAUUUCUUUUUUUUUUACUAGGCAUUUGAAAAACAUUGCAAUUACAAGAAUUUAACCUAUCUUAUUUUGCUAUAAAAAAGAACUCAGUACUGUUCCAUGUUUUUCAAUAACCUAGUAAGAGAUUUAAACAAAUCUUAACGAAUCAGUAUAAUUUGCAACUAGAAUUUUAAUUUAUCUCUUAAAAGCAUACUUAGUAGCUAAGUAAAUGUUUUUCUAAUAUUAUCUUUCCGUUCAUUGAUUAGUGAUAUUUAAUAAGGCUAAUUAAAUUACCUUUGCGUCCUAUAGUUAUAUGAAAGCUUAUACCUAGUAAUGUAAUAGGUAUAUUUAUUACUGUAUUUUAGUACAGAUACAACAUACGACAUGCACUAGAUGAAUAGAUAGAAGAUAAUUUCUGUGACAUGAUUUGCUUGCCGUUGUUCCAAUUAAUUAAAGGAUAAAUAAAUACAUUUCUAAUUUUAU